AUGUUCAGAUCAGCUCGACAGGGAAGACAGGGAAGACAGGGAAGACAGGGGAAGGGGAACAGCACCAGGACAAACAGCCAUCUCAACGAACCAACAACCAAGAAUGCAAACCAGCAGGGCUCCGCAUCAGCAUCCAGAAAACCCAAACAGUCAACCGGAAACUCAAAGACGCAAGAUCGGAUAGAUGAGCACCAGCUAUAUGACUACCAGGCCAACAGCCAAUCGAGAGGAAAAAGACUGACUGCAAACCAAAUCGACGACCACCGUCUCACCGGAGCUGGACCAUCCAAAAAUGGUGACCGGGAUGAGGAGAUCGAUGACUUGGCUCGGAUCGACUCCCUAGUCGAACGAUGCCAACAAGAGAACGACGAGGGCUUUGGCUUUGUCAACAGCGACGACGAUGAAAGCAUCGACUCGGAUGAAGCUGAUGGGCAACUCGAUCAGCCAAAGAAGAAAGCCAAACAGAAGCACAAACCUCAGAAACGCCAAAAUACCAAGGUCAGGUUUGCGGAAAGUGAUGCAACAAGUGCGGCCGACGGAUCUGAAGAAGAGGAAGAAACUGAUUUGGAUCAGGACGAAUUUAUCGAUGCUUCCACGAUGCUUGAUAUCGGCGCAGAAAGUGAUCACGCAUUCUCCGAUGAGGAGGACGGAACCGAUGAAUCUGAUGGUUCGGACCGAUCGAGUGAGACUGAUGGUUCAGAAGACCAAGAUAUCGAUCUUGACGAACUCGAGGAUGAUGACGAUUCCAGAUUGAACAAUAUCGCUAAAAUCGUCGAUAACUUGGACUCUCUGACCGCUCAGAAGCGCAAGGAAAACAGUCAGGAUGCCUCAGCCGAUCAUCCAACCGAUGCUCCAGCUAAGAGACGCAAGCUAUCACCCGUUCAGAUCGAAUCCCGCACCGAGGGUGAAAUCCUACCUAGCAUGUCCACCGGAGGCAUCUUAGAUGAGCAAGCCUCGGGUCGAGUCAACUUGGAAGAUCUACUCUCAAACUUAUCCUCAACACCGGGAAUUUCGGAACUGAAGCAGUCUCUCAAGCCGUUGAUCACGUCUAGCAAAUCAUCCAAGGCCGGCCCUAUUCCAGCUCCCCUCGAAACUCGCCGACAACAGCAGAUCGAACGUCAAGCUGCCUACGAGCAAACCAAAAAGGAAAUGGCAAAGUGGGAUCAGACCACUAAAUUGGCUAAAGGUAUCUCAGGACGAAACUCGGACGGUAAAAACCGAUUUGUGGUGCCCUCCAAUCAACUGUCUGCGGCCGACAAAGAGCCCGAUGCAACCCGCUGGAACAUGCACUUCAACCCUCUCAAUAAUUUGGAGAGUCAAGUGGUCGGGCUGAUAGCAACCUCUCAGAUUUCCAGCAAGAAGCUCGUCCAGGAAGAGAGUGACCAAUUGAUUUCCCAAGGACUCCUACCCGAACAGAUCAGAGAAAAAGUUCUCGAGUCCAAGAUGGCCAGAGAGCUGAUGUUCAGGGCAGAGCGCAAAGCGAAACGAGUCGCCAAGAUCAAGAGUAAAGCUUUUCGUCGAAUUCGGAAGAAGGAGAAGGAACGCAAAUCGAUUUCCGGCAAUGGCGGGCAAGAGCAGGAUAUGGAGUUCAUCCAAGAGCUCGAUGACAUCGAUGGCGGGGAUCGGCUGCAGACGAGGACCGAAGAGAUGGAACUCCAACGAGCGCGCGAAAGAGCGUCGUUGAAACAUUCUAACCAAGGCAAAUGGGCCAAGAAGGUGGCCGGCUUGAAAGGCUUAGGCAGUGAUGCUAACACGGCGAUUCAAGACCGGAUCCGACGUGAAGAGCUUCUCAAGAAGAAAAUCGCGGGUCGUGAAGGCUCAGAUGAUUCGGGUGGAUCUGCAUCAGAUUCAGAUUUCGACUCGGAGGGUGAUGUCGACACGGUCAAGGCCCAUGCACUCGAACAGCUCGGUAAAAUUGAUUCACAGCAGAACUCUCAAGAUGGGCCGGCUCUCAAAGGUCUGUUCGCCAUGAAGUUCAUGCAAAAUGCCAUGGCCGUCAAGGAGAGGAAGGCCGAGGAAGCUAGGAUCGAACUGCGCCAGCAACUGCUCGCAGAUCAUCCAGACGGUUCAGGAGAGGAGGAAGAUCUCAAUGGUGGGAUGAAGGUCCAAGGAAACCCGGGUAGAUUGGUUUUCAAUCCGGACGUCUGCCGUCAAGCAGUAGGCCCAACCACAGCAGACAAUGAUGCGACUGCCUCCGAUCAAGACACAUCAACCCAUCCGGCCCCUUAUCGAACAACCAAAACCUCAGGCUCUCAUCUCCGAGUGAUGGCCGUUGAAGACAAGUCAUCCAGGGAGGGCAUGGCCAGCCUGUCUACCAAGCCCCUUCGAAACAAGACGGCAGCCGAAGAAGAGUCAAAUCCGUGGUUGGUGGCGCUCGACUCGACCACACAGGGGGGGACGAUCUCUCGGAUCAAAGACCUGAACCCGAACUCGAGCAAAAACGCAGACUCGGUAGACGUGGUUGCGGAGAAAGCGAAGCUGAAAGCCGAGAAACGGAAGCGCAAGCAGACGAGUGAGCGGCAGCUUGCAACCGAGGAUGCCAAAGUUGACCUGGACUUCACCGCUUUUCUGGGCGCAAAGACCGGCGAGGUGGGCGCAGAUGCGCUCAAAAACAUGCAGGAUCUGGAUGGACAGGACGCUGGCGAAGAGGACGCGGUGAUCCGGAAGGGCCAAGCCGACUCUCAGGGACGGUCUGCGUUCCAGCAACGCGAGCUCGUCAAACAGGCUUUCGCUGAUGACGGCGUCGUCGCUCAAUUCGCUGAGGAGAAGCGGAAACAAGUCGAGAAAGAAGCCCCGAAAGAAGUUGAUGUCACUCUUCCUGGUUGGGGAGAUUGGGUGGGCAAGGGAGGCAAGAAAGCGAAGCAUGCGAAAAAGUUUGUGAAGAAAGUAGCGGGAAUCGAGCCGAGUAAGCGGCAAGAUGCAGGGAUGAGCAACGUGAUCAUUCUAGAGGGGGCCUCGACGAAACACAACGGGGCGAAGAAGCUGAGCAAGUACCAAUUCAAGGAUCUUCCGUUCCCGUACACCAACAAACACCAGCUCGACCUCAAACUCUCGCACUCUAUCGGCCCUGAAUUCAACUCUAGGUUGGCUCAUCGUCAUCUUACAAGACCUGAUGUGCUCUCUAAGCCGGGUGUCGUUAUCCAGCCCGCUGAUAAACCGGUCUAA